AUCAAACGCAUGCAAAUUUUGCCAACCGUGAUAUACCGAAAAAAGCUCUUUCAUUGAACCCUUACCCUCUCUCAAAAGCAGAAAAAACCAUAAAUAAAUAAAAAUCCAAAAAACCGAUUAGGUUCGACGAUUUGAAUAGCUCCGUCUAUUUCCCCGUUUCUAGCUCUACGAAUCAAUCGGAAAAAACCUCCGAUUUGGCCGGUGAAUGGAAGCAAUCAGAAAACAAGCCACUCGGCUUCGAGAACAAGUCGCUCGCCAACAACAGGCUGUCUUUAAACAGUUCGGUGCUGGGGGAUAUGGAGGUUCAGAUAACGUAAUUACUGAUGAGGUAGAACUCCAGCAACAUCAGAAACUCGAGAAGCUUUAUGUCUCAACCCGUGCUGGCAAGCAUUUUCAAAGGGAUAUUGUUCGUGGCGUUGAAGGAUAUAUCGUCACUGGGUCCAAACAAGUUGAAAUAGGAACGAAGUUGUCUGAGGAUAGCAGGAAAUAUGGUGCUGAAAAUACUUGUACCAGUGGCAAUACAUUAUCGAAAGCUGCUCUAGGGUAUGGACGUGCUCGUGCUCAAAUGGAGAAGGAACGCGGGAAUCUGUUGAAGGCUCUUGGCACACAGGUUGCCGAGCCACUAAGAGCAAUGGUAAUGGGAGCUCCUUUGGAGGAUGCACGGCAUCUUGCUCAACGUUAUGACAGAAUGCGACAAGAAGCUGAAGCACAGGCAAUAGAAGUUUCGAAACGCCAAGCUAGAGUAAGGGAAACAUUGGGAAAUCCUGAGAUCGUCAUGAAAUUGGAAUCUGCAGAGACAAAACUGCAAGAUCUAAAGUCAAACAUGGCAAUAUUGGGAAAAGAAGCUGUUGCAGCAAUGACCGCAGUUGAAGCUCAACAACAGAGGUUGACACUUCAGAGACUUAUUAGUAUGGUUGAAGCUGAACGUACAUAUCAUCAACGAGUCCUUCAGAUACUUGAUCAGCUUGAUGCCGAGAUGAGAUCCGAACGACAACGAAUUGAAGCACCUCCUCCCCCAAGUAUGGAAACCAUGCCUCCACCUCCAACAUACGAGGAAGUUAACGGAGUUUAUGCUUCCCAAACAAAUAACGGUUCAACAGAUAGCAUGGGCUACUUUUUAGGCGAGGUAAUGCAUACGUAUAAUGGCGAAUCCGACGAGGAGCUUUCUUUGUCAGUUGGUGACUUCGUAGUUGUUCGAAAGGUGACGAACAACGGGUGGGCCGAGGGAGAAUGCAAGGGGAAAGCAGGUUGGUUCCCUUUUGGAUACAUCGAAAGAAGGGAACGUGUUCUUGCAAGCAAAGUGGCAGAAGUUUUCUAAGACAUUUCUGCAUAUCGGUGUCGGAGAAGACGAUUUUGUACGUGCAUCUUUCUCUUCCAUAUUUGUUUGUUUUGUGCUUAUGUGUAUUUCAAAUUGAAGAGUUUUCACAAAUAGAAUUUUAUCCUUCACUAUGUGAAUACAUUUUAUAUUUUUAUUUAUCUUUCUUUUUAAAAAAAUUGGCAUGUGUCUGUCCUUUUUUGCUUU